AGCAGCGAUAGUUCUGAAGCCAUCAGGCGCUCUUGUCCAGCGGGUGAUAUUCGCGGAGUGGUGGAGCGAAGUCUGGAGGUAUAAAUCGAUGCGUCCUGCUGCUGCUGCUGCUGUGGCUGACUUCAGUGCAGGGCAACCACCGCAGCCUGCGCGCGCGUGAGCCCCCGACCAGCCAAGUUUUGGAGGCGCGUGCCACUCUCGCCCUUCCUCCGCGUUCAAAGGCAGUUUACACGCGCAAGUGCGGGGAGCUUGGGAGGUUGCUUCCUCCUCUCCAGCACUCUGGCUCUACGAAAGUGCAACUUCCUGAAGCAUCUUUUACCGAAGCUAAAAAUCGCGAAGAAUUAUUAGGCGAUAAGUGUCGCGCGCCCUCUGUGUGGGGGAAUGUAAAGAUAAAGAUACAGUGUUUCGUUCCUCACAAACAUAUUGGUGAAAAAAAAAGAAAAAAAAAUUGUCAGCGCUUCUCUCAGUUUAAAAAAUUCUAUCAAGACUUUAAAAGUAAGGACGGCGGAGUCCUUGCUAUAGAGUGGACUGGACAGUCGACCUUUCUGAGAGGACUCGGUGUUUGUUCCCUGGGUGGACGGACGGAAGAACGAACUCACGAGACACCAGUUGCUGUCAUUCGAUGCUGACAACCGUGGAUCGAGGACACAACGCAGGACUGUAACGGGACGCAGGAUGUGACGUGACGUGGGUAGGACACGUCACACGGGCACGAGGAGACUAAAGUGACGUUCGGAGACAGAACCGGGUUGUUGUUCUCGCCAGCUGCCCUCCAUUAGCCGCUGGUCCCUCAGAACAUCCCCGGACACAAGCGGCGCCGCGGCGCUUCGUCACGUUGAGGCUGGAGCCCCCACAGCUGUCCCCCGCCCCGCCAGGCUCUCACCCUCGCUACUUCUCUCCUCCCAGGGCCGGAGGCCUCCUCCCGGUCACCAUCGUCAUGACGCAGGACGACGAAGACGACGGCGACCUGCACCCCGCGGCUCUCUACAGCGGGGGAAGCUCUUCUCACCAACAUCACCACCAUUACCACAACCACCACCGGCCGUUCUCGAGCCACGCGCGGCAGAGCGAGAACCAGCGACAGGGGAAUGGUCUGCAGGUGCGCACCAUCAUCACGGACAGUAACGGUCACAGCAGCAGGUAUGAGAACCCUGUGGACAGCCGCGGUCAGCUGCAUCGUAGGGGCAGCUCCGGGUACGGGACGUCCGCCACCUCCGUGGGUGGUGGAUGCGGUGGUGGGGCCAGCAGCGGUGGUGGUAGUGGCGGCGGGUACAGCACCGCCGGAAGCUCAUCCGGCUCGAGAAGAGAUAGCACCAAGAUGUCCAGCUCAGCAUCAUCCGGUGGCGUAGGUAGUGGAGGCAGCCCCAUCAACACCGGGGGCAAAUCCAGUGGCAAAAAUGAGCGACGGCCGAGUAAAGACAGAAGGUUGAGCUCCACGUCUUCCGAUCAGAGCAACCAGAGUCUCAAGGCGCACGAGGCGCCUUUGCUGGAGGUGGCGGGACUGUCUUUGAAGCCUGGGUCCGGACCCUCGCUCCACUCUCGAGCUGCUUCCUUUAAGGAACAAAAACCGUCCAAUGAACUGCACGUGGACGAAGCAGCUCUGAUACAAGCCAGAAGGAACAGUAUGCCCACCGUCACCAACAACCUGUUGGCGGUCCCCACUGGCGGGGGCGGAGGCGAGGGAGGAGAGCCGAAAGAAACCAGGCUGCGGAGGGUGCGGUCCUUCAAGACCACCUCCAAGGGCGUGGUGGUCAACAGAGGCGACUCCUUCAAGAAGAAGAGCACCCACAGCUUGAUGUCCACCGGAAGCGAGAUCAAGGACGGCGACCGGAAUAGCCGCGCGCGCAGCAGCAGCAACAACAACAGCGCCCUUGACCUGGGCUCCUCCAGUCCCACGUCACCCUCUUACUUCCGGGUCAACAUGAUGGGCGCUGCUAGCGUAGGCAAGACGUCCCUCGCGCAGCAGUUUCUGACAUCGGAGUACAUUGGUCAUGAUGACAAUGACGAGACACAUCAGAUGACUGUCACUGUGCUGCUGGACGGCGAGGAGUCCACCAUCGAGUUCAUAGAUCCUCCAGACAGAAAUGUCAUCAGCGGCGGAGUGGAGCAGCUGAUGGAUGCCUUCGUGGUGGUCUUUGCCAUCAAUGAACACGCGUCCUUCGAAGUCGCGCAGAACCUGGUUCGCUUCCUGCGUGUGGACUAUGGGACGGACCGGGCCAUCCUGCUGGUGGCCAACAAGAUUGAUUUGGUCAGGAAGAGAAAAGUUACAGCAGACGAGGCCCGUCUAGUGGCCACCACCUUUGACUGCAAGUAUGUGGAGACCUCGGCGGCCUUAAACCACUACGUGGACGAGCUGCUGGUGGGGAUCAUCAGUCAGAUCCGCCUGCAGCUCAGCAUCCCCUUCACCACCAUCUUCUUCCCGGGCAAGGAGGCGGGCAAGCGGCGCAAGUCCAAGAAGCCCUUGUGCAAAGGCCCUCGGGGCUUCCUCAACAAACUCUUCCGCCGAGGAGGCUUUGGCAACCACGGGGGCAAGAAGGACAAAGCAGUUGACGACCUUUACACUCUGUGAAGAUGCCAAGCGAGUCCUUCAGGCCACCAUGACCAUGCUCGCAAACAAUCAUUGAGACUUUGUGUGUUUGUGUGGAUUUAGCACCGACCCCGAGCAGUUCAAGAAAAAGGUGAUCAACAAUCUGUGAGGGACAGACAAUUUGUUUUAAAGUACCGGAAAGUGAACAGAUGACAAUCCGACAAUAUGGCGCUGUUCAGAUGAUAGAUAACUUCGUGAAAGUGAUGCGUUAAUGAUGAUGAAAUGAUGUAAAUAACAACUUUUGUUGUAUUGGAUGAGUAAUUAAUUGUUACAAGCCUGAGUUAUGUCCAUGUCGAUGUAAAAUAAACCGUAGAAGUGCUUGUACAGGUUAUUUGCUGAUUUCUGUAGCUUUUACCUUGCUCCUUCUCAAAUAUAUUCAGUUUGCGGCAGUUGGUAUUUCAAUAGAAGACAGGUCUGGUGUGUGAUACACGUGUAAGAUAUUUUUUCCCAGUAAAGGCAAAGAAUUUGCAAAAGGGAACAAAAAUAGUGAGCCAACACCGCCAUCUUUUUACAUUCGUCAUAAAGCCCCGUGAAAUCCUCAGUAAAAUACCAAAAGUAUACAUGUAGAUGUAUUCUGUGUAGUUAGCUGCCUCAGAAACGAUACUGUGGGUACGUCCAGGAGGUCUUGGAUAGGAUACCUGAUGUCCAAGUUCUAAAAGCUGUUCAUCAGGAUAAAAAUUGUCCGUAGGAAACAUGAAAUGGUAUUAUUCCAUCCUAAAAUUUAAAGAAGUAUUGUCCUUUCCUUUAAAGUCGAAGAAAUGGUUAGUGAAGGAGAGAUAUCUGUGAUGAUGUACAGGCAAUUUGUGCAAAAUGUAAUGUGUAGACAUGUGCUAGAAGGUGCACAUGCAUCCCAUGUUUGUGUGUCUGUUCAAGUCGUGUUUCUGUGUUUAAGGGGAGAUGUGGAUAUUUUUCACGCGCAGAAGUGAAGACAGACUCGAGGGAACCUCAGACGCCCCAGACGAGACAUAAACCCUAAGAUCAGAGGGAGGCAUAAUUGUUUUCCAUUUCCACUUAAAAGUCGCAGACACAUGUUGUGUGCUGCAGUUUGUGUAUUGUGCGGCUGAUUAUUUACAGAAGCGGAGAAGAAGAGGAAAUCCGGCUUCCACGAAAGAAAACAUUAAUUAUAGGAAAGACAUGCCCACAAGCAAAUUUUAGCAAAUAAAUAAACGAAUAAAUAAAUAAUAAAUAAAUAAACAAACAAAUAAACAAACUCAAAAUUGCAGACCCAGUACUCAAAGGAAGAAAUGGAGUCAAAAUAAAUAUGUCUGCUGGCUCUUCUGAAUACAAACUUGUAGAGUAAAUAUGUAUCGGAGGGCUAGACACUUAGAAGGUAGGUGUGAACCCCGGUAUUAGGAUGAGGAUUUUUCAGACGCAGAAAUACCAUCCAGUAUGGACUGAAGUCCAGUACCUUGGAGGUAGCUAUGCACCCCUGACUCCUGUCUUCUGGAGCUCAGAGUUUUGGAUUUUUUACAGACAGCAAGAAACUUUUUCUACACUGGCGCCUCGUGCGGCUUGAAAACUUUUUGCUUUCUUGUCUGGUGGCCUGUAAAUCAGUUCCAUAUUUAAACCGAAAUAAUUUAUGACAUUUUUUGGUUUGUUUGCCCAACAAUGUUUUCCCAUGGGCUUGCCUCGAAGUGUAAGAGGCGCUGCGUGCGCAAAGGGCGAUAAGAGCGGUGAGUCUGGAACUGAUGUGGAUGCGAUCCUCGUCAUCAAACGUGAAUGAGGCUGGCAUCCGAGGGCUUCAUUUCAUUGGAGACUGCUCGGUACUGUUGUGUAGAGGGUUUGAGAAAGGUCAGCUUAUGAGAAAGGUCAGUGAUUUGCCGUUAAGGUUCAAGUCCCAUAGCCGAGGGUUUUAUAAUGGGAGGUGGGGGAAUCCAACAGUAAGUGGUUUACCGUGUCUAGAGCACUUUUCUUCAGUCUCCUCCGCAUAACACACACGCUGAGAAUAAACAAUUAAAACUUCAUUAUUGUUUAAAUGAAAUGUACCCAAAAUGUUCUAAUGCGCAUCAGUUUGGGAUAUUUUAUGUUUUUUGUGUGAAAAACCAGCAAGAUGCUUUUAAUUCAUGUUUUAUGGAUGACAAACCUUCUAGAAAGAUAGUAACAUAUAGUUCAAAGCUAUAUUUAGCUCUUUUGAGGCUUCACCCCAAGGCGUUAGUUGGGAGAAAAUGCUAGUUCGCUUCAGAAGAUUUCACAUUAGUUUAGUAGUUUUACUGAAAUGUUUUUAAAUGUAUAAACUGUACAGAAAUAAUGUUGAGAGAUACACGUUUUAUUUAAGAUUCAUUUGCAAGCACAAAGUUACAGAAAUGAAACACAUAUCAAACAAGACAGUGCAAACAUUCCUCGUCCUUAGAUUGGACUGACAAAAUAAAUACUACCCUUAUUUUGUUUUGUUGUUAUGGACACAACAACAGAGGCUUUGACAGUAACAUUGGAAUCAGCUGUAGACAUAGAGAAAGUACUAACACCAAAUAUAUUAGAUAUCUGUGAUAUAAGUAACUUUGUAAAGUGAUAAACAAAGUGCAGGAUGCUGAGGCUGUGACAGCUCAUGGCAUCAAGACUAUGUACUUCAGCAAUAUACUUCAUUCUCGAAGUAAUUUUGCAUUUACAUCACUGGGUUUUGUGGCUUAUGAAAAUAAUCUUGAAAUUCUCUUGAAAAAUUAUUUAGAGCAAUUGCAAAUUGUCACACACGUGUUCAAUAAAAAUUACAGAUAUUUUGUUAUCGAAAUGACAGUCGGAGAUACACAAAUCCUCAAACCUAUAACCGAAUGAUGGAAAGUGGGAAAAGAGAAAUGUUUACCUUGACCAACCUGAGUAAGAUGAGAUAACCUCAUACAAUGUUCACAGCGCCGGUUCGUGUUUCAUUCAAAUAAAAUAUCCAGUAACUAUCCAUAUCAUCCUGUAUAUUAAUCAUAUGAAAUGUUUCUACCCCGAAAUGUACCCAGCUUUUCCCCGGAAGCUAGGAAGUUGCUCGUAGACGUUUGACAUUUGUUUUCUAUCCGAGUUUGAGUUUAAUAUCGCCGUUAUAUGUUUGUUACAGAAACUUCUCGUCAAGGUAUUUAUGGUUGUAUGCAUUGUACUCGUAUUUUUAUGUCUAUAUGCUGUACAAUCAUAUUUUAUGAACACAAAAAACUUAUUCCAUGUAUAUUGCCAAUAUGAUGUAUAUAAACCCCUUGAGUCCCGUCACGUGGUCUGUAUCCGGAAUGGUUUACAAAGCUGUUGAUCGUAAAAAUUAGACAGGAAUAUGGUUCUUAUUUUCUAGCUUCGAACUAUUGUAAACAAACAAUAUCAGAGGCACAGACAUCAGUCUUAACCUCCUCUAUCAUCUAACUGUGACGACAGCGUAGUCAUGACGACUGUUGAUGACCAAGCUGAUGUAUUUAUCGGGUAGCUCGGGUAGCACCAGGCUGUGGCCUCGUAUCGUCCGAGAAUGAGAUUUGUGGGAGGGUUGUGUGAACGACUCCCAAGUAACAAGACUGUGGAUUACAGUAACAAAAAGGAAGAGACAUCCCAUGAUGCUAAUGGUGUUAAAGUAACGAAAGGUCUAUCCCAUGGUGCCAAGCACUCGUCCAAAAACCAGGAACCUUCUUGUAGGCAAUGGAUCGUCAAAUUUUAUGGCCGCAGUUUCCAUUGUGGCUGCGAGGUUUUUCACUUAUGAGGCUCUCGACACUCUUGAAAUAUAUAUAUAUACUCUGUCAAUAAAAACAUCCACAACUUGCACACUACUGAAAGCCGCUCCAAUAGAUAAAAGAAUACAUACUGCCCCCUAUAACAGUGAAGUAGAUUAUUAUUGUAAUUUCUGUUUUACUCUUGUUUGCCAUCAGAACAACCCUUGGUCUGUUCCCUUCGUCUUCAGACAGUUAGUUCAAACCUCUUUGUUCUCUGUUUUUGUACAAGCAGCGUGUACACAUCUGGACAGGUGAGGUGAGGCAUGGUGAGGUUCCUGAUGCGCAUGCGCGGUGCAAUUCUCGUCAAAAGUCUGGAACUGCAGAUGUCACGCGGCCUCAGCCUCAGUUAAAACAUGGAGUCUGAGGUAAACAAACCCUCCACAUCAGCUAUUUGCGGCAGAUGAACUUUGACCUCCGCCAGGGUUUCUUUUGUUAGUGAAAAGCCUUUUGUUUUUAAAAUAACUCAGUCCCUGCAGCAAAUUUCCAAACACCAUAGAUGUUGCGAGAGACCAGAUUAUUUCUGCCACAAGUCUUAAAACAGAUACCUGAAGUUCAUUAAUUUAUUUUCUUUUAGUAUUAUUAACAUUGUAAACAUUAAAAAUAAGAAAAGGAACAGAGAUACGGAGUCUUUGAGAAACAAGGUGACUUUUAGCAGAUAAACCCUGGAAGUGUACAAAAAUGUCUGUGUGAUGGCUUUGUACAUGUUUUCUGGGACUUGUCAUUUUUUGAGUUCGUUGCGCGCGGCUGAGAUGAUGGAGAUAACGAGCGCUUGCUAAAAAUAGCUCCCAGGCUUUGAUUAGACCGGUAGGACCAUAGACCAGAGUUGUUUGUUUGUUUGUGUGUGAGUAUGUAACCGAAAUACUGUGUUGUUUGAAGCGUGCCGAAUAAUUUGUAAUGAAUAUAUCACAGUUAUAAUGAUGUACGUAUUUUUAUAAUAAAUAUGAUGCAAAAUACAA